ACAGAGAAAACUGAGAAGCUAAAAUGGCCAGAACCAAGCAGACCGCGCGUAAAUCCACCGGAGGAAAAGCUCCCAGGAAGCAACUGGCCACCAAGGCUGCCCGUAAGAGCGCCCCGGCCACCGGCGGAGUGAAGAAGCCUCACCGUUACAGGCCCGGCACCGUGGCUCUGAGAGAGAUCCGUCGCUACCAGAAGUCCACCGAGCUGCUGAUCCGCAAGCUGCCCUUCCAGCGCCUGGUGAGGGAGAUCGCUCAGGACUUCAAGACCGACCUGCGCUUCCAGAGCUCCGCCGUCAUGGCUCUGCAGGAGGCCAGCGAGGCUUACCUGGUCGGCCUGUUCGAGGACACCAACCUGUGCGCCAUCCACGCCAAGAGGGUCACCAUCAUGCCCAAAGACAUCCAGCUGGCCCGCCGUAUCCGCGGAGAGAGGGCUUAAACUCACCAUGCUGCUCUAAACAACACAACGGCUCUUUUAAGAGCCACAUACAAAAUCUGACCGAGCAACAGUCCUGAAACCAUACGGUCUCACACAUGUUCAUAUAUUAUAAACCGAAACCUAUUAAUGAUUUAGACACAAAAAAUAACCGCAAUAGUGCUGAG